AUGGCCACCCCCCAAACCUGGACCCGGCACAACAUCCGCAUCAGCACCGACAAAUCCCACCUCUCCCUCCCAUCCAUCAACGCCGCCUUCGACUCCAAAGCCAUAUACUGGGCCAGAUCCAUCCCAAUCGACACCCUACAAAAAAUCGUCAACAACUCGCUCUGCUUCGGCGUAUACGACGACCUCCAAGAAUCCGACUCCACGCGCCAGAUCGGAUUCGGACGUCUGGUAACCGAUUAUGUCACCUUCGCUUACCUGACAGACGUCUACAUCUUGCCCGAGUAUAACGGCCGCGGAAUCGGCGGGUGGCUCAUUGAUUGCGUGCAGGAGACUCUGGAAGCGAUGCCGUAUCUGCGGUGGGCGAUGCUGCGCACGUCUGGGGACUGUGCGAAGAACAUGUAUAGUAAGAGGUUGGGCAUGGAGGUUUUGUUGUCUGGGGAGGAGGUUGAGGGGGCUAUUAUGAUGGGGAAACGGGGGAAGGAGAAUAUGAUAUAA